AGUUGGCGAUGGCUGCGGAGCGGGGGCUGCCGGCGCUGCCGGGGCUGGAGGCCCAGAGGCGGCAGGUCGAGGGCGAGGGGCCCGAGCAGCCCGGGAGGGAGCGCCCGCUUCGAGCCGGAGAGAAGUGGUAUUUGCUGGAGAAUCAUUGGUACAAACAGUGGAGAGCAUACGUGGAAUCUGGAGAUCAGAACUCCAUCUCUUUCCCUGGACGGAUCAACAAUGCUGAGCUCUUUGAAGAUACAGAGUCUUACCGGUUGAAGGAUAGACUGGUGGAGCAUGAGGAAUACAUUCUGGUGCCAGAGGAGGUCUGGAACAAGCUGGUGAGCUGGUAUGGCCUUGAGCAUGACCAGCCAGCCAUUGAACGCAAGGUGGUGGAUCUUUCCAGCAUGCAGAAAGUGGAGGUUUACCUGGUGGAACUUUACCUUUGCCAGCACAGUGACAUGGACAACCCUGUCACUGCCCAGUUUAGCCGAAUGGAUAUUAUCGAAACGGUGCUGAAGGAAGCACGACGGCAGUUUUCUGUUCCAGUAGAGGCCGAAACAAGGCUGUGGGUGAAGAACUCAGACGGCUCAUGUGAGCGGCUACGGAACUUGCAGAUGACGGUGUUGGAUGCCUGCCUCAGUUCAGGGCAGGUGGUGGUAAUGGAGACCAGGAGUAAGGACGGCACUUGGCCCAGCUCUAGACCACAUAUCAUGAAGAACUCCCUCGAGGAGGAGGAACUCUAUCAGGGCCAGCCUGGCGUUUGCGGUCUCACCAACUUAGGCAACACCUGCUUCAUGAAUUCUGCUUUGCAGUGUCUCAGCAAUGUGCCCCCUCUUACUGAGUAUUUCCUCAACAACCGCUACCUGGACGAGUUGAACUUCAGCAACCCCCUGGGCAUGAAGGGUGAGAUUGCAGAGGCCUACGCUGACCUCAUCAAGCAGCAGUGGUCCGGCCACCACCGCUCUAUCGUGCCUCGCAUGUUCAAGACCAAAGUGGGCCAUUUUGCCUCCCAGUUCCUUGGCUACCAGCAGCACGACUCCCAGGAGCUGCUCUCCUUCCUGCUUGAUGGGCUGCACGAGGACCUCAACCGGGUCAAGAAGAAAGAGUACAUAGAGCUGAAGGAUGCAGCAGGGAGGCCAGACGAGGAAGUAGCGGAGGAAGCAUGGCGGAACCACAAGCGCCGCAACCACUCCAUCAUUGUUGACAUUUUUCACGGGCUCUUCAAGUCGACACUGGUGUGCCCCGAAUGUGGCAAGGUUUCGGUGACCUUUGACCCCUUCUGCUACCUCAGUGCUCCCCUGCCCAUCAGCAAGGACCGGGUGAUGGAGGUUUUCUUCGUGUCCAUGGAGCCCAGUAAGAAACCCGAACAGCACAGACUGAUUGUCCCAAAGGCCGGGAAAGUGCUAGAUCUCUGCCACACCCUCUCCAAGCAUACAGGGGUGCCUGCUGAGCGGAUGAUGGUGGCUGACGUGUUCAGUCACCGCUUCUACAAGAUCUACCAGAUGGAAGAAUCCCUCAGCUGCAUCCUGGACCGGGAUGACAUCUUCAUAUACGAGGUGUCGGUCUCCACACUGGAGGAUCCGGCCACGGCAGAUGCAGUUGUGCUCCCUGUGUACCUCCGAGAGCGCACCCAGGGCCGCGACUACAGCAACACCUACUACGGGGUGGUGCUCUUUGGCCACCCGCUCCUGGUGUCUGUGCCACGAGACCAGCUCUCCUGGGACUCGCUCUAUCAGCUCUUGCUGCACCGGCUCUCCCGCUACGUGACACGACCAGACUCUGAGGAAGAGGACGAUCCGAGUGAGGACGAUGAGGAGGAGGACCUCUACAACAAGAGGCCCAAUGGGCUGAGCGAAGGGGAGGACGACGAUGAGGAAGAGACGACGGCAGAAGGCUCCACGAGCCAGGAGCCCAGCUCGGAGGCGGAGGAAAACCCCUCGGACGCCUCUGUGGGGGAGGAAGCAGCUGGCGUGGAGGGGAGGCCCAGCCCCAGCCCAGCUCCUCAGCAGACACCCUCUUCCAGUCCCAGCCCCCCGACGGCCAACCAGGCCAAACGCAAAUGCUGCCAGAAGCGGCGCAAGCUGCUCUUCACCCUCCAGGCCGUCAAUUCCAACGGGACCAGCGACCGGAUGGCUGCCCAGGACGAGGGCAGCACCGUCUCCUUCAACUCCCAACCGUACAUUGCGAUGGACUGGGACUCCAACAUGAGGAAACGCUACUACGAUGAGGCGGAGGCGGAGGGCUACAUCAAGCACGAGUGCAUGGACGUCACGCCAAGGAAGAAUCCAGUGAAGCUGCAGGAGUGCCUCGAACUCUUCACCACCGUGGAGACGCUGGAGGAGGAGAAUCCCUGGUACUGUCCCACCUGCAAGAAGCACCAGUUGGCCACCAAGAAGCUGGACUUGUGGUCGCUGCCAGAGAUCCUGAUCAUUCACCUCAAGCGCUUUUCCUACACCAAGUUCUCCAGGGAGAAACUCGACACCCUGGUGGAGUUCCCUGUCCAGGAUCUCGAUUUCUCAGACUUUAUCCUCAAGCCACAGAAAGACAAGGACCCCACACUGUACAAAUAUGAUCUCAUCGCCGUGUCAAACCACUACGGGGGUCUCCGAGACGGGCACUACACGACUUUUGCCCGGAACAAAGACAGCGGAACAUGGUUCUACUUUGAUGACAGCAGUGUCUCCGCCGUUUCCAAGGUCCAGAUUGAGUCCAAAGCUGCCUAUGUGCUCUUCUACCAGCGCCAGGACAAAAUCCGGCCCCCUCUCCUCCUUGCUGUGCCCACGAGUGCCGCAGGUGCCAGAGACCAGGACGGUGGCGGCGGGUCCUGCUGCGAGCCCCACCCCAGAGAGCAAGCCAGUAGGGACUUUAUGGAUGUGGACUGACCUUGACCCCCUCCCUCCCUCCUCCAUUUGCAGCAGGGGAGGGGGGGCUGCAUGCCCUGCCUCUUCCCUUCCUCAUACUGAAGCUAGCAGUGGAUUCUCUCCAAGGGCAGCAGCUCUUUACUCAAGCUAUGGAAGAGGGGGGAGGGGUCCCCUCUGCUGUGCCCCAAAGCGCAGGGCCCUUUGCUUUGCACAUAGUUCCCCUGCUCUGAAGGGCGCGUUUUGGGGUUUGUGUGUGUGUGGGUGUGUGUGUGUGUGUGGGUGUGUGUCCUGCCCCCUUGACAGGGCCAUUGUCUUGCACCAGCAAUUUUUAUAAGGUGAAGGGGGAGGGGGUGAAGUGUCCCUCUUUUCCAUCUCACAUGGGGGAGGGGAUGCGUGCAUUAUUCGUGUGAUCCCUCGUGGGUGCUGCCCCUCCCCUUUUACUCUCUAGCAUCAGGGGGAGUUGCCCUUAUUCUGCUGCUCCUGGUUUUAGGGCCUCUGCUCUAGACAGCCAUGCAGGACUUUGCAAAGGUAUUCAAACCCUGCUGUGGUUCUGCAGCCGGUUGGGACACUUCCCCCACCCCAAAAACCCCCUCCCAUUGGUCACUGGUUGGAUAAACAGACCCUUGUUUUCUCCCCCCUCACCUCCCAAGUGCCUCCUCUUCCCCUCAACGAGAGCAAUAAUUCCAGCCAUUGCCCCACCGCCAUCUCCCUCUCAAAGCCAUGGACCUCCUUCUGGCAGCCGGCUGCUUCCAGAGCCCCUCUCUAGCCACAGGGGUGGUGGUUGAGCUGCUGGGCUGAGGUGCCGCUUCAGAGUCUAGCAGCAAAGCCUGUGGCAAGGCCACGGAGGGGGUGGGGGCCUGCACCGUGUCACAGCUGCUGCUGCUACCACCACAUCCCCCCCCCCAGCCGAGGAGGAGUGUCUCCGCCCCCCCCCCCCAGCACUGAAUGCCCCCUUCUUCUCUGCAUGGAAGUUCUCUCCCCUCUGCCACUGAGUGUCUCUGGUGCCACGGCUGCUGCUUCCAGGCUCAGGGAUUGCACUGGCUUGUAAAUAGGUUUCUGCCUGCAAUGUUUAGGGAGGGCAGGGACAGGACACCCAGGGGGCAGGGCUGGCCUGCAGAAGCACAUUGGGUAUUUUCUUAAGGAGUUGGGAAGAAUAUUCCUUCACUUGACUCUGGGGGCUUCUUUCUUUUCUUUUGAAGGUGUUUUUUCCAGAAGAAAAUAUUUUUGGCAUGUGGCAAAACUUGUACAUAAAGUAACUUCUUUCAAAUGGCAUGUGGCCUCUUUUUCCCUCCUGAGCACUUCAUUCCUCUCUUUGGAUCCCAGACUCUUCCACGAACGGGACAAGCCAACUGGAUGCCCCCCAACACCCCCCAUGGCCUUAUAGGACUUUGUAAUCCCAGCAACAUCUGGAGGGCACCGUGUUGGCGACUUCUGCUCUGCUUCAGAUUGUGAUGCAGUUGUGGUAGUGCUUUGACUCAGUCCAGCGCUCCUGAGGCACUGGCAUCUCCAGCCUCAAGCUGCCACUGCAUGUCCCAUCACAGUUAUGCCCACGUGUGGGAAUAGAGAAUUCGAGGCUCUCUGCUGGAACAUGGUGCCACUCGUGGGGACUUGGGUUGCAAAUGUUCCUGGCCACUGGAGCAAGCCAUAGGAGAGUGGGAGCCUAAUAGACUUGAGCUUCCUUGUGCUGUUUUUGCCGUCUGCUCUGCAGAGGGAUGGGUAAGGAAAACCAAUGUCUGGUAGCAAGAGGCCACACCAAUGAAUUCAAAUCUGGGCAGCAGCAGCAGCAGGGAGGGGCAUGCUUCCCUGGUAGCCUUCAAGCUGCUCCAUGCUCUGAUGCUGGAUAGCUUAGAAGUGAACUGACCUCUGGGGAGCUUCAAUGAUAUAUUUACCCCUAAGUAGAGGAGGACUGUGUUCCCCAAACCAUCUCUAUUUCAGCCAGCAAGGACAGAGGCAACCACAGCCUGCAUCUUCCAACUUCUGGACAGCAACAUCCAAUGUGGUGGAGGCCAUGGAAGGAGGAAAGAACUCGAGUGGGUAGGCAGAGUAUACCCCAUAUUGCAGGAUGGGAUUCAACUUGGGUGCCUGGAGAGGCUGGGGGUGAAGGCAUUUUGACAGUGCUAAGUAGCCUCUUCAACUUGGUGGAAGCAUUACUGAAGUUCUCUCAGUUAAAACAUUGUGUGCCCCCCCCCACUCAAAACUGGUGCCUUAUAUUUCAAGUUACACUGGCCCUGAGCUUUCCCUCAGGCCUCCCUUUCCCUGCAAAGGUUAAGGAGGUGCUGCUUUUCUCGAAAACUUGAAUCUCAAGGUGCAGCGUGGAAGAACC